AUGGAAUCGCUGCUUAUAUAUGUAAUGAUUUUACUUUUGAAUGUGUUUGAAUUUUCAUCAGGAAUAAUGUAUAAUAAACGUGAGAAGGAGAACCACUUUGCUUGUUCCAGUGAAGAGGUCCCCAGAGACAAUCAAAUAAUCAAGUUGUUUCUUUCCAUGGACAGUUUGAAAGUCUACUGUUCAAUCCGACAUGAAAACAAAGAUACUUCACGGGCAUUUUUGAGUGUAUUUACAUCAGGAGGUCUUGCUCCCAAACUGAUAAUUUCUAACAGUACAUACCAUGAUGACUUCCACUUUAACUUAUCUCUGUUCAACAAUCAGACUUUCUGGUUCGUUGAUAUUCCUAGAGAAAGCAUCACAGUAAACACAGACAUUGUGGCUGUAGAAGAAUGGAUAAUAAAGGUCACAAUGCAUAAAGGAUUAAACAUUUAUGAUACUGAAGGGACCCUACUGGAUCUUGUCCGAGAGCCUAUUCUGCAGUGGACUCUUGGAUCUGAAGUAAAUAAUUCACAGCUCAAAAGUUUGUUUCCACAUGUGCUAGACAUCAAAGUGGCAAAGUGCCCCUGUGCCAAUGAUGUGGCAUUAUUUGGCUUUAUUUUGAACUCGACAUUUAAUGGUGUUUACAUAGGCAAAACCAUUUCUGGAUUUAGGAACUAUAAUGAAACCAAAUGGCAUGACCUGACAGAUAUCAUCUAUUCACAACUUAAAGAUGAACACCAAGGGCUUACAAUAAUAGAUAUGGUUUUAACAAAUCAUUUUUUAGUCAUCCUCACCUCUUUGGGUCUUUAUGUAAGUAGUGAUCUUCGUUAUCCAGUCGCUCCACAAAUACAGCUUUCAAGAGCAGACUUUUGUGGUUUUGAAUGGGUUGACUAUAUCAAAGGAAAACUGUGGUAUAAUGAAAAAUGUUUUGCAAACAGAGAAAGUUUUGAAGUUGAUUAUGUUACUAUCACUUUCGACAGAAACAGGACCCUAAGUGAGUCCAGUUCUUGUUUUUAUAGUAAAGAACCAUUUCUUCAUUGGUUGCCUUGCUUACAUUCUACUUUUAAAAGUGCAAAAUUUCUUCCACAUGUGAUAACAUUUCUUAUUGACCAAGAAACUAAAACUGGAAUUUAUCUCUUCCAUAAUCGGAAUUCCAAAAGAACCUAUGUCUCUGUGUCAGUGCUCAAGGAUGAGAUACCAAAUACUCAACCAAAAUUUCCAAAUUUCUAUUUUCCCUCCUCAUUCUCUAAACCAGUUGGAAUGGUGUUCCAUCCCCGAAGCCACUUUCUGUAUGUUUAUGGCAAUCAGGUAUGGCUUUCAAUGGAUGGUGGCAAUACUUUUGAAUUCAUGUGUGACUUUCUAAAUAACUAUGUAAGGAAGACAGCUCAUAGUUUUUAUACUUCAGCUAUAUCUUUGAUUACAAACAGUGGAAAGAUUUACAUGACAAAGGCAGGAUUAACAAGAUACACUAACAGUGGAAAAAUUCUUGAUAAUAUUUUCACAAUAUACUAUGAUCACUUGGGAUUCAUACACAAACUGACUCCAGAACGCUUUGACACUGAUUUAUCACGUUCAGUCUCUGGAACGUCUAAUAUUUUUGGAACGCCACCUGAUUUGGGAUUUGAUACUGCACUAGCUCCACAGUAUCUCUCCCCCAAUGAAAUGAUUUUCUUUGCUUAUGUACCGCUGACUGACCCUAACAGCAAGCUAUACAAAAAGAAGUUCAAUAAUAUUCACAUUGGGAAAGUGAUAAACUACAGUAAAAAUGGAAAUGCUUACAUCCAAAAAUUGCUAGUACAUACCAAUGGUCCUUUGGGAUUUCAUACCUCGGUUCUCACAGAAAUAAUAGAACCUUUUGGAGUAGAAACAUAUAGUGAAAGUGCUUCUAUAUAUGGUUCUCUUAAAAUUUCAUAUACUGGAAACAUUUUGUAUCACAUUGAAAUUACAACAAGGGGUUCCCAUGCAACAUUUACAGUUAAAGAUGUAGAAAAGACUGUGGUGAGACCUGGCUACAGCAGCUUCCUAAUCACAGAAUUUAGAGAUCUAAAGAAUGUUUUAUCUCUGGCUACUAUGCCUCAGAAAAUAAAAUCACCUUUGCUAUUCCCAGCAAGUACUUGGUUCUUAUAUGACUUUGGCUCAACUAAAGGACGAAAAUGGACCAUAAAUUUAAAACCAUGUAAUUAUUGGGUUCAACAAGAUAAUCAUGAUAUUGUAUCCCUCAACGUUUUGAAGUAUAUUGAUGUGGGAAACAAAGAGAAUUAUGAACUUAAGUUGAUCCCUAAUACAAGAGGUAUGAAACUACUUCAAGUCCCACCAGUCAUUGUGGCUGUUGGAAAUCCAGCCUUACUGGAAGUUAAGAUGGAAGGCUAUUUUGAUGUCACUGAUAGUUACCAUGUGAAUGCUCAUGUAGCUAGCAAAUUUUUCCAUAAAGGUUCCACUUCACUAGCAGUGAUUAUGUGGGAAGCCUCAACUUCAUGCUCUGUAACUACAAUGCUGCCCAUCAUGAAGAGCAGUUGCAGCUACCUCAAGACUCUACACCACAUUCCUGGCAGACAAAUACCACCUGCAGACUGGAUUAGUGGAGUUCACAAGGACAGUCAGGGUUUCAAUAUGAUCAAAACUCUGCCGAUAAACUACAGACCUCCAUCCAAUAUGGGAAUUUCUAUUCCACUCACAGAUAAUAUUUAUCAUGCAGACCCUAGCAAACCCAGACCAAGAGGUCUAUUUCACAAGUCAAAGGUAACAGGCAUAUUCAAGCAGUGUACUAAUGUUUCCAGUCGGGAAAUGUGCAACUGCACAGAACAUCAAAAGUUUUCACAUGCUGUUGCUUUCUCAGACUGCAAAGAAAAGGUUCAUCGUUUCAAGUUUCCAGUCACACAAUACCCAGUUGCUUUGGAAAUUUUCACUGAAAGCGAAAAAUUCUCUGUGGAACCUCCAUAUUUGGUUACCAUGACCGAAGUGAAUAUGAGGCAAAACUGGCAACUAAAACACAAUAUGCCAGAAAACAUUAAGAAAAUGAAGGAUUACUUAGAGCCAUUGCUUAAGACUCCAGUGUAUAAUCCUUUAGGUCUCAACAUAAGUAUAAUGGGCUCUGAGCUGUUUCACUUCAAGGUGUCUGUGGUUCCUGGGGUCAGCUUUUGUAACUUAGAAGAAGAAUUUCAGAUUUAUGUCGACGAAGUACCAUUGCCUUUUCCAGGACAUAUGCUAAUUGCUGUUGCAACAUCUGUAGUGCUAGGGGGAUUAAUUUUUGUAGCAUUUAUGUUCCAACUGCGUAACAUCCACCCAUUGAGAGCAUUCUGGAGAUAUGUUAGAGGAAAUAUUGCAAACUCUUCAACUAUAAGUAUCAACUUGAAGGGAAAGUCUGGAUAG